AUGGUCAGCAUGGUCCGUGGUUUGGGAGCUGAACCACCAUCUUUGGUGCUUCGAGUAAGACGAGUUCCUGGUUCCUGGAUUCAGGAUUGCACAACACGGCGUUGUUCAUGCGUUGAUGCCCAAGGCUUCCGGUGGUGGCUGAAACUAGGCUGCCAACAACUUGUUUUCAGGACGAGGCAUGACGCCUUCGCAGAUCCUGUUGGAAGCCUCCCACACGGCUCAGUUUGCUACAAUACACGAACUACUCGUUUUGAUGUCUUCAAGCAUUAUAAAUUGGGAGGGUGGACUAAUAUCGUUAACCCAGAGCAACGGUUGGGUGAUUUGUGA